UCCCGCGCCCAGCUCCGAGUACGGGAGCCGCUGCCGCCAAGUCCGGACCCAACACCUAGCGCCGCCGACAUCCGCCCGCCCGACGUGCAAUCCCGAUUCCUUUUGGUUCUAAGUCCAAGAUGGCAACUCUCAAGGAUCAGCUGAUUCAGAAUCUUCUUAAGGAAGAGCAUACCCCCCAGAAUAAGAUUACAGUUGUUGGGGUUGGUGCUGUUGGCAUGGCUUGUGCCAUCAGUAUCUUAAUGAAGGACUUGGCAGAUGAACUUGCUCUUGUUGAUGUCAUUGAAGACAAGCUGAAGGGAGAGAUGAUGGAUCUCCAGCAUGGCAGCCUGUUCCUUAGAACACCAAAAAUUGUCUCUGGCAAAGACUAUAGCGUGACUGCAAACUCCAAGCUGGUUAUCAUCACAGCUGGGGCACGUCAGCAAGAGGGAGAGAGCCGUCUUAAUUUGGUCCAGCGUAACGUGAACAUCUUUAAGUUCAUCAUUCCUAAUGUUGUGAAAUAAAGCCCGAACUGCAAGUUGCUUAUUGUUUCCAAUCCAGUGGAUAUCUUGACCUACGUGGCUUGGAAGAUAAGUGGCUUUCCCAAAAACCGUGUUAUUGGAAGUGGUUGCAAUCUGGAUUCAGCCCGGUUCCGUUACCUCAUGGGGGAAAGGCUGGGAGUUCAUGCAUUAAGCUGUCAUGGAUGGGUCCUUGGCGAGCAUGGAGACUCUAGUGUGCCUGUAUGGAGUGGAGUAAACGUUGCUGGUGUCUCCCUGAAGAAUCUGCACCCUGAGUUAGGCACUGAUGCAGAUAAGGAACAGUGGAAAGAGGUUCACAAACAGGUGGUUGACAGUGCCUAUGAGGUGAUCAAACUGAAAGGCUACACUUCCUGGGCCAUUGGACUGUCUGUGGCAGAUUUGGCAGAAAGUAUAAUGAAGAAUCUUAGGCGGGUGCAUCCAAUUUCCACCAUGAUUAAGGGUCUCUAUGGAAUAAAAGAUGAUGUCUUCCUUAGUGUCCCUUGCAUCUUGGGACAGAAUGGGAUCUCAGAUGUUGUGAAGGUGACUCUGACUCCUGAGGAAGAGGCCCGCUUGAAGAAGAGUGCGGAUACACUUUGGGGGAUCCAAAAAGAGCUGCAGUUUUAAAGUUUUCUAACGUUGUACCACUUCACAGUCUAGACUACGACAGGAUUUUAGUUGGAAGUUGUAUAUAUUGUCCUUAUUAUUGGAUCUGUUACUCAAGUGGUAAUGUUAAAAGGGCUUAGGAAGAACAUCAGUUUCCUAAAGUUAAAAUUGGAAUGGCUCACAAAACCUUGCAGCCAUAUCCAGACGGUGGAUGGAACCUAUGUUGUAGAGUCCUGAGUUGGUUAACGUAAAAUAGUUCCAUCGCCUCGGACGCACAACUGCCAAUGCUGCAUAUGCUGCGGCUGCUGUUCAAACCAGAUGUGUAUUUCCUGUGUGUUCUAUUACUUCUGGUUCCUUCCACCCAACACGCCUAGUCCAACUUUUGUUUUUCCUCCAGCCAGUCACAUCCUGGGAUCCAGUAUGUAAAUUCAGUAUUGCAUGUUGUGCAUAACUGUUCUAAAGGAUCUUAUUUUGUGUACUAUAUCAGUCAGAAUAUAGUGUACAUUGCCAUAUAAUAUAAAACGAAAGAUCUGCAUAUAAACAAUGCAACCAACUAAGUGUCAUACCAACCAACUAAAAUACCAAAUAAACUUUAAACGGUGA